AACGACGCAGCGAAGUGGAGGAGAUCAGCAGAUCAGCGCAGAUCAGCAAGCAAGUGGCAAGCGAACACACAUACACAGAUAGAUACACCGCACCACACUCCACCACGCGACGCAGGCAGGGAAGCAAAGCAAAGCAAGAUGGGACAGGGCAGCAGCCACCAGCACAAGGAGGGGGCGUCUCGUGGCGAGACGUCAGAAGAGGCGAAAUCACAGCACCUGAAGUGGCUCAAGACGCGGUUCGAGGAGCUGCGUGAUGUCUCAGCGGGCCUCUCCGCCGAAACCUUUGACAAGCUGUUGGCGUUCCCGGGUGCCGACUCGAUUGGCUACCGUUGGAUUGCCAAGCACCCCGAUUUGAAGGAUGUGCCAGCACUCACCUUUGACAACUUUGUCACCAUUGUCUCCGACUCAACGCAUCAAACGUCGGCAGAGUUUAUGUUCAUGCUCUUCAGCAAGGACGACAGCGUCUUGAGCCGCGAAGGUCCCAGCAUCACGGUGGUGCGCGCGGCCGACGGGAGUGUGUUUGCGGUUGCUGUGGACGACGAGUGGCGGGAGCGCGCGUGUGUGUGGGGCGGCGACGCCUGCCGCCUCAUGCGCGCUGCUCCAAGCGUCGCCAUGAGCGCAGACACGAUCAAGGUGUACGAUGAUCUGCGCACGCGCCACAAGGAGCACGGGUUUGGGUUUGGCCGCAACCCGUCCCAGCAGGACACUGCCCUGCUGUGGCUCGACUCGAGCUUUUCGUCGGCCACCACGACGUUCUGCGAGGGCGCAGCCGACACGCACCAGACCCUCAACAUUGACCGCAUCGAGGUGUGGGGCUGCGGUGGCGAUGAUGCGCUGAGUCAGCAGGACCGCCAGCGCAAACGCGACCAGCUCGCAGCAGAACAGCGGCAGCGGGCGAAGCGGCCGGGGGCAGAGGACUGGAGCGACUCUGUUGACCGGCAGCUGUUGAGCAUGGCCGGGGUGCUGACACUUGAUGAGCAGGCCCGCGAGGAUGUGGGGCACAUGCGCGCAGAGCACAAGGACAAGCAUCACUCCUCCUCAUCCGCAAACUAACGAAACGAAACACAGCCACCAUGAAUCCCCAGCACAACAAAACGCGAGCAGCACGAACAUUGCCACAUGGGCAAACAACGGCACUUGCACAUGGUCUAUGCUUGGUGUUGUAUUAUGUUCCCGUCGUCGUUCGUGCGUGUGUGUGUGUGUUUGUGUGUUUGUGCGUGUGUCCUUGUUGGUUUGCCCGCUUGGCUGUGCGAUGACUCUGUGCUCCUUGCGGCACCUUCCUUUGAUUCGGUCGCCACACUACACAAGAUGCUUCCAGA